AAACUGAGUUCUCUGGCAGAGACUGUGUGAUCCGGGACAGUAGACUGGCCUCACAAACUGUUUGAUUUGGGCAAAAGGACGAGCUGAUAAAAAAAACUACUAAAAAAAAAUACUGGGAACAUGGCUGUGGCUGGAUGCACGAAAUGCAUUAAAUAUAUGUUAUUUUUCUUUAAUUUUAUUUUUUGGCUCGCUGGAGGCGUGAUCUUAGGAGUGGCCCUGUGGCUCCGUCAUGACAGUCAAACCAGCAACCUCCUCGUACUUCAGUUUGAAGGCCAACAGGCACCAGGCACCUUCUAUAUCAGUGUGUAUAUACUGAUAGCUGUCGGGGCUGUGAUGAUGCUCGUGGGCUUCCUUGGAUGUUACGGUGCCAUUCAGGAGUCUCAGUGCCUGUUGGGGACGUUCUUCUUCUUUCUGGUGAUCCUCUUUGCUUGUGAAGUUGCUGCAGCAAUCUGGGGGUUCAUGAACAGGGACACAAUUUCCAAAGAACUGAUUAACUUCUACGACUCGGCAUACAUCAAGGCCGUGGACGUCUCAGGAUCUCCCAGUAAAGACACUGCCAUCAAGGUGCUGGAGGUUUUCCACAAUACGCUCGACUGCUGCGGUAAAGGAGAUGACACCGCUCUCUUCAAACAAGUCGUCGGCACCUUGUGUCCCAGAAAAUCUCCAGAAGAUUUUCUGAAAUCUCAGAGCUGCCACGACAAACUGAUUGAGCUGUUCUCAGAGAAGCUCUACCUGAUUGGUCUGGCUGCCUUGGUGGUUGCUGUCAUCAUGAUCUUCGAGAUGAUCUUCACCAUGGUACUCUGCUGUGGGAUCCGUAACAGCCCCGGGGUGUACUAGGAGUCACUUCAGUCCACAUCAGCCUGUAAUGGAAUUGUUUUAUUAUGUGUUUCUAUGCAUCAGCUCCUUUUCCUCAUGAUUAUAACAUGACAAGAUGGAUAUCUCUCUUUCUAUUUUAGAUUAGAAAUAAAGCUUGUUUUUUAAAAAUAUUGCUAAUAUGUUAACACUCGUGUUUCUCACACAGUAAUUUAGCUUUCUAACAGCCAGAUGCUCUUUAUUUAUCAUACAACACUUACUUAUGAAUAUUUUAUACAUACAGUGUGUUGUGAAAUAUUUCUCUGAGGUCAAUGAACUUUAUGCUGUUUUUAUUGAUGUAUAAAUUGUAUAUAUACUUGUCAUAUGUUAAUAACACUUAAGAGAGUCCAUGUGUUCCCUUGAUUGUGACGCCUCCCGCUGCAGUGUUACAGUGUUAGAAUAUAAUUUAAGCAGAAGGGUUUCAGUAAUCUGAGGUGAUGUACUGUCUUACUUUCUUACUGAUUAUCAGGAUGACGAGUGUUUUUUUUUGUUUUGUUUUUUUUUUUGUAUUUUUUAUGUGGCUCUAUGUGUCUCUUCUCUGUGUCUAAUGGACCAUCUUUAAGCUGUCUGUUUGCCUUUAAAUAAUAAGAACAGUUGUGUCUGCUUACUCAACCUGUUUUAAUACUGCUAAUAAAUUAUGUCACCUGUCUA